CGUGAGAGGAGGCUAGGUCCGUGCAGUGUCAUCGUUAACGAGUAACGAGAAACAGGGCAGAGAGGGGGGAGAGAGAGAAAGAGGCGGAGAGAGAAGAUUUCCAUUUAUUUCCUUUCGUGUCGCCCUCUUCGCCCCCUUCCCUUAAUCCUCAUAUACAUUUCUGUUCGUCUCCGAAAUCGUCUUUGGUCCCUCUCUCUUUGCCCACCAACUUCAACCACACUCGUACCCUUUCUCAAGCUGCUGAAGGCUUCUCCCUCCCGCUCCCAAUGGUAUCCGAAUCGGAGCUUAUCGGUCGGCUCCGGGAGUUUCUUCGCAGCUCCGACCUCAACACUACCACCACUGCUACGGUCCGCCGCCAGUUGGAGAAGGAUUUUGGAAUCGAUUUAUCGGAUAGGAAGGCGUUCAUUAGGGAACAGGUUGACUUGUUCCUUCAAAGCGAGCACGAGAAACCCGAGGAACCGGCAGAUGAAGAAGAUCAAAAAGACGACCCUCAGCCGGAGCAUGAAUCAGAAGAAAGAGAAGAUUCGAAUGAUGAAAUGCAAGACGAUGAAGAAAGAAAUGAAGAUAAAGUAAAGCGUUCCAGGAAUGGGAAGGACAAAGGACGAUCUAAAAAUUCUGGAACUGAGGUACGAAGGAAAGGUGGUGGUUUUUGCAAAUUAUGUAGCCUUUCUCCACAACUUCAGGAAUUCAUUGGAGCGCCAGAAAUGGCAAGGACUGAGGUUGUUAAGCAAUUAUGGGCCUAUAUAAGGGAGAAGAAUUUGCAAGAUGCGAAUAACAGGCGGAAUAUAAUUUGCGAUGAACCAUUACGUGCCCUUUUUGGUGUUGAUUCCAUCAACAUGUUUCAAAUGAAUAAAGCAUUGUCAAAGCAUAUAUGGCCAUUGGAUUCUGAUGAUGUCAUCCAAGUGAAGUCUACACCGAAGGAAAAGCAGAAGAAGCAAGAGAGAGAAGAAGCUUGUUUGCACCAUCCUUUAUUUACCUUUACCACAGAUUCAGAUGAACCAAAAAGAAAGGAAAAACGACAGAAGGGAGGAAAAUCAGGGUUUCUUGCUCCUCUUCAACUGUCUGAUGCCCUUGUACACUUUCUUGGUACUGGAGAAAAUGCAUUAUCGCGGGCUGAUGUCAUAAAAAGAAUGUGGGAUUACAUAAAACAAAACAACCUUCAGGAUCCUUCUGACAAGAGGAAAAUAAUUUGUGAUGAGAAGCUGAAAGAACUCUUUGACGUUGACUCCUUCAAUGGUUUCACAGUUUCGAAACUACUGGCUCCUCAUUUCAUAAAGGCAGAGCGGUGAGUUGUUUGUACAUUGUUCUGCAAGCCUGAGAAAAAUGGGGAAUUUUGUUGAUCAGAUUUACUUUGGUACCUCUUUUUUUUCCUUUCUUUCUUUCUUUCCCUCCUUUUGCCCUCUGGAAAUAUGGAAGUUAGUAAAAUGACAGAUUUUCAGUAA